AUGGCUGGAAUCCCGGAUACUUAUGACUAUAUUGUCUGCGGAGGAGGUACCUCUGGGUGUGUGGUUGCUGCCCGUUUAGCUGAAAACCCAGAUGUCAAGGUCCUGCUGCUUGAAGCUGGACAGCACAACAAGAACCUGGAAAAUGUUCAUAUGACAGGCGGGUGGUCAAAUAACUUUGAUGCCGAAACCGAUUGGAACAUCAUCACUCCUCCUAUGGCGGGAGUUGACAAUCGCCAGGUUAAAUUAAGCCGGGGUCGAUUCCUCGGAGGGUCAAGUGGGUGUAAUGGCACGCUUUGCAUUCGCGGCAGCAAGCAGGACUAUGAUGAUUGGGGACUGCCUGGAUGGAGUGGAGAGGAAUUCUUCGAGAGCAUGAGAAAGGUAUACAGUGCCUAUGACACGACCCAUACGAGCAUCCAAAUUAACAGUGAACAGUCGGAGACCUUCCACCCCAAGGCAUGGUUCAAAGCCGAUACAGCGAGCCAUGGUCAUUCCGGGCCCCUUCAUACAGAGCCGCAUGAUCUAGCGCCGAUUUCCCAGCUUCUCAUGGACUCAUAUGUCUCGCAGGGAAUGCCCCUGCACCAUGAUAUGUUUAGCACUGGAGACAUCGCCCAAGGAUGUGGCCAUGUGCCUCGUACAGUAUACAAGGGCCUCCGAACAACCGGCGCUGAUUUCGUCACAAAUAAGAACCAACGCGGUAACAUCACCAUCAAGACCGAUACCAUGGUCGACAAGAUCAUUUUCAGCAAACAGGCAAAUGAAACUCGUGCUUCUGGUGUCGUGACGCAGACAUCAGAUGGCACCUCCAGGAUCUACUAUGCUAGAAAGGAGAUUGUCAUUUCCGGAGGGGCAUACUGCAGUCCCGCAAUCCUACUUCGAUCAGGUAUUGGCCCCCCGGCAGAACUCGAGCAGCACAAUAUUCCCUGCACGGUCAAUCUCCCCGGUGUGGGCAAGAACCUAAUGGACCACCUUAUCGUAUUCAUGUUCUAUGAAACAGAAAAGAAAGGACUCACAAACGACUCACACGUCUACCACGAUGACAACUUCGACAAAACCUACCAACAAUGGAAAGAAAACAAAAGCGGCUUCCUAUCGACUUUCCCAUUCGGCAGCUUCGCCUUCGCCCGCCUAGACGACCGCCUAAAAGACUCCCCACUUUGGCAAAAUGCCCCCCGCGCUCCAGGCCGCGACCCAAUGGGCCUUACACCCAAACAGCCAAACAUCGAGUUCUUCAGCACGGAGUGCUACGGGGGACCAAAGCAGUACGACCAGUUCCCAAUUAACCACCAGCACGCGUUCUCGAUUAUCGCCGAGCUGUUCGCGCCCAAGUCCCGUGGCACGGUGACGCUGAAGUCGGCGGAUCCGGCCGAUAACCCUGUUGUCGAUUGCAACUACCUUGCUGAUUCUUUGGAUUUGCUGGUGCUGAGUGAGGCUUGUCGUUACGGAAAUGAGGUUGUUAUGCAGGGUGCGGGGACGAAGGAUAUUGUUAAGGGGUCUUGGCCCCCGAAUUUGAACCAUCAUACGUAUAAAUCAAGGGAGGAGUGGGCUCCUUAUGUUAAGGAGCAUGCUACUACUUGUUAUCAUGCGGCAGGUACCUGUGCGAUGGGCAAGAGAGAUAACCCCAUGGCUGUUCUUGACGAAAAGCUGCGGGUAAGGGGUGUUUCGGGGUUGAGGGUUGCCGAUUGCAGUGUUAUGCCCACGCUGCACGGUGGUCACACUCAAAUGCCGGCUUAUGGCAUCGGCGAGAAGUGUGCAGAUUUGAUCAAGGAGACAUGGAGGACAGCGGGCAAUGUGUAUGCUCGAAUUUGA